ACUGGAAAGAGCAGAGUACAUAAAGAGUUGGAAAAGUUUGUAAAAUGUGUUGUUUUGUGAGGUUAUGAAAAAAUUUUGACGGAGGAAUUGUAACAUUUGCUGGUGUUUGCAUAUUAAAAUGUUUUUGUAGUUUGUCACCUGAUGCAGGGUCUAUUUUUGGAGACAGUAUAUGGCUGUUACAAACGCUUUGUGUAACACUCUGGCUUAUCGCUAGUCAUAGUGAUGCUAUCGAACCUCUUGGUCUAGUUCUCCUUCCUUUCCCUUAGGCCAUUGGUCCUUAGUUCUGCUGGCUCAAGGGUGGGGCCUCCAUGCCUAAUCUGCUCCUGGCUUCCUGUCAAAGGAAACCUCAUACAUACUCAGCCUUGGUACCACAAGUGACCAUGCAGCUGGCCUGGUAUUGAGACAAGGCUGUUGGUUUCAGGGAGGAAUGACCACAGACCAUGUUUGAAUGCACAGAACAAAGGCCGUUUACCAAGCUUUUGCAGAAAUCGAGAGCUGUUCAGGACUUUGUGUUCUUUUUGCUGAUGGAGUACACAUGAGGAAAUGUAUCCAGCAGAUCUGGCUUCAUGGAUCAUUCAUAGGAUAUGAGGACAUGCAAACAGAUAGCCAUCUGGCCCCAGGGCACUGAUGUGCAUUCAUUUCAUCACAUGAUCUGUGUACUUAUCUCUUUCCUUGUCAAAAUCAGUUGCAUAACCUACAGCUUUUCCCAUUGUGAGUCACACAGCUGACAAUAACGGGACAUUGUGUUUGGUCAAACACUGUUCUCAGGAGCACAGCAGCAGUUUUCAACCCUGGAUUUGUAUAAGAUCAGAUGUCGGUCUUGUCAUGCCACCCAUAUGGUCUGAUAGUCAUUGCCAUCCUCACCUUGUCUUCUGUCCAUAUAAAGUCUGAGAUAUGGAGCAAUGAAGUUUCAGACAUUCAGUAUGGGAAUCUGAAUUCCAACAUCACACUGUUAUGUGGGGGCACUAGAAGAGGGUCCUCGGUGGAGUGGCGACUUAAUGGGAGUGCUUUGGGCCCUGGCCGUGUAGCUCUUUCACCAGAUGGCUCUCUGACCCUCGUCCACACUAGCAGUAACAUGGAGGGAAACUACACUUGCUAUGACCGAAAGGGGGUGCUGCUUCAUACCGUCAUACUGCGUUUGGGACAUGUACCAGGGCGACUUAUCGUGAAGUGCACAAUGGCCAAUCACCACAGUGUCCGGUGUUCCUGGCGGCCAUUAGUGAACACCCAUCUUCCCACCAAAUACACGGCUUCCUACAGAGACCAGAUGAAUAAGGUUGAGACCUGUCACCAGGAGCCCUCCAAGCCCAACGAGUGCACUAUCUUAGACCCCACCACCUGGCACCAUUCUCAUACCAUCAACAUCACGGAGAUCAAUCCUUUGGGGGUUGAGACCACACUGUUCCUGGUGAAGUUCCAUGAGCUGUUGAAACCAGACCCUCCUGAGGAUGUGAAGAUCAAGGCGGUGGAGGGUGAGCCCACUAGGCUUCGAAUUAGCUGGAGAUACCCUAGCACUUGGCCUCAAAGCAGGGCCUUUCCCCUCAGCUUUCAGCUGCGCUACCGACCCAUGGGCUCCAGCAUCUGGUCUGAGGUAAAGACCAAUAACACCACCCUGAUGAUCAUGGAUGCCCUUGCUGGGCACCUCCACACUGUCCAGCUGCAGGCUGCAGAUGAUCUGAGCUUCGGCCAGUGGAGUGACUGGACUCCCGAACUGCUCGCCAUGCCCUGGACAGUUCCAGUAAAAGAAGAAGUUAAUCCAACUGGAAUCGAGGAUUUGUAUGACCUGCAGACCGAACAGAGUUACACAGAAAGUCCAGGUGCAGUGCCAUCGGAGUACAGGAAUUUAGGGGUGUUAAUAUCUCUGGGCCUAUUUGCAGGACUCAUCCUUGCCAUGCUCGUCACCUUAAUCAUUCUCCUUUGGCUGAGACAGAAAAGGCGAGACAUGGGCACCAAACAGGAACUGGCCUCAAUGAUGACAAUGAAGUCUAUGCAGCUCUAGAAUGUCUUGUUUGGCAGACAGCAUAUCAACUUUGAAAGGAGAAGCCCUGCUGGUGUCAUUAUCUCCCACAAGCCAAUAUACUGGACUACAAUUCCCACAAUCCACCUGAUUCCUGUGCCUUGUGGCUGCUGCUCAUUGACCCAUUCUUUUCAGUGGAUUUCAGAUACAUGAGUAAUUCUGCAAUAUUUGUAGCACACAUUCAAAUGACACAGUAUCAAUUUUUGGACUUAACCAAUGGCCCAGGUACAUUAAAUGUUGUUUCUCCUUGGUCUGAAGAAUGGACUGUUUGGCUUUUCAGAACUGCUGAAAACACCAUGAAAGAACCUGGUUCUUCUCUGCCAGCAAGUGAGCAUUUUUUGGGCAUUAUGGACAUGCAUGUUUUUUGUUCUAUUUCUGAAUGGCAUCAGUGGGGAGCACAUGAAGACAGGAGUAAAAAGACACCCAUCAGUCACAAGAGAAGGAAUGCUUCCAAUAGGCUGCUGCUAUCUGUUUGACAGAAGAAGUUAAAGGUGAUUGGUUUCUUUUUUUAAAUACUGAAAUAUUUUCUGAAAUACUUUUUUUGAAAAAAGGAUCGAUGAGCCUUUUGGGAAACUGUACCGUGUUCACCUUGACGGCAUUGAGGACGGAAGAGGAUCUCUGUGUUUCCUGCACCUCCCUCCCACUACUACUAUCCUCCCAUAGAGAUGCUGUUUUGGGGAUGAUGUUGGGCCUCCUGCUUCUCUCCUGAUUGGUUGCUAGAAUGAAAACUGUGAGCAGCACUGCAAUCUGCAACUGGUAGUAGGUUCAUAUAUGUUCAGUCAGCUGGUUGGUUGACUUUCUCAGACAGGAAUGUGAAAAAGGGUUCUGUCCCCUAGGAAGAGACCCUUCCAUGAAGGCCAGUCAGUUUUCCAGUCAGACGUCAAUGUUUGCAGACACACAGACUUCUGGAGGGUUUGCAUGUCCUGGCAGUGUUGGGGCUGAAGAGAGCGAUUUUGGGUAACACCACCACCUGGAUGUCAUCUGUGAUUAGGGCCGCUUGUCAAGAGCUCUGCCCCCAGGCCUUUGCACUGCAAAUCUCUGAUUUCACUCAUAAAGAAAACCUCCUUGAAUAAAAGGAGUCACACUAAAUGCAGCAAUCAUUGUAGUUAUUUUUUAGCUAUUCGCACAGUUUAUAUUAAUCAGAGUUUAUCAUUGUGUAAUGUAUGUUAGCCAACUGCAUAUAUUAGUUUUGUGUAAGCCGUUUACUGUGCAGAGAUUUGCCGAAUGCAGAAAAAAAGAAAAAAAAAAAACCCCAGAGAGCCGUCUGCUUUUUGUACAUCCUGCCACAGUGCCGUUAAGCUGACAUAACACUUUUAGGUCCUAAGUGUGGUUUAAGGUUUUGUGUGUUUUUCACGAUUUUAAGAUGUUCAACUCAGAUACUCCCUGCUGCUUAUUCAGUGUCUGUAUGAUGGGGCCUUGCUUUCUGGAACCUAUUUGCAUGUACAGGCUUGCCAUGGGGCCUCUUGUUAAAGUCAUGUGUACACUUGUAGUUGCCCGUGGACUACCGCCAGUCUUGUGUGUAACACUGGGGCAACAUUUUCAUAACACCUGGUGGUUUUAAGAAGUGCAUUGAAAGCAGCACUGCAGUCUUGUAAUGAAAGUGAGUACAGUGUACUUUUAUGGAAGAAAAAAAAAACAACGGGAAAAGAAGACCGAUUUAAAGGUGCUUAAUUUAAGUAAAGAAAGUGUUUGUCGAAAGGGAUAAUGGGUAAUGAAUGUGAGUCGGCAAAGCCAUAGCUUGCUGCUGUCUGCCCUGUCAGAUCUCAGCGGAAGAAAUGGAAAUUCUUUAGCUGCAGGUUUGGAUUAGACCAAAGAGUAGACUGUGCAGCCGGGCACUGCAGGUUUUGCCUGAGGGUGACAGUGGAAGGUGCAUGUGUGGUAAUGUGACACAUUUACUGUUCUUCUUGUGCAGUACCCACGCUGCAUGAGUUCUUCAUAAAAACCUUUUAUAUUUUGUCCCAAGAGUAAGUGUCAGAGUUCCAUGUAAACGCCUAGUACCAUGUAAAAUAAUACAUUUUACUAUACAUUGUUUUCCAAGUCGGUGUGAAGCUAGUUUUUACCCUCACAGAUGUGCGUUGGCCAUGGCAUCAUGGGUAGUGCAGUUCCACAACGGUAAAUGAAUUCAGAGUGACCGAGAAGGUAGCUCCACUGGUCUGCACACGCUGAACAGAGAACACGCCAGAGACAGGAAGCGUGCAGUUGUCCACGUGCUUCAGUGCAAUAUGAGGAAUGACCCAGCGUCCACGCCAUCGCUGGGCCCUUGCAACUUCCUGUCCCUUGACAUCACACCAUUAGCCUGGGUCUCAGGGGUGGCCUGCCGCAGUUUUAUCUUCCAGUAGCUAAAGAUGGGGUAGGGACACCCCACACCCAAUCUCUGGCCCAUGUCUAGCACUGUACAAGUUUGUAGUUGCAUUCUCUCAACCAGAUUUUGUGUCAGAAAAAGUAAUAAUAUUUUAAAGAAUGCUGCCCUUCUGUCUGGUACAUUUCAGUAAAAGAAUGUCAAAGUGCCUUGUGGAAGUGAUUUUAUGCGGUAUUUGUGUGUUGGAUUUUAAUCGCCCAACACAAGUACAAAGUCCAUUAAAAAUGUUUAUGUACACAAUUUGUGUGCAAUAUGCAAUACGUUUUAUAGGUUAUUGCAUAAUAGAUAUUGUACUACACAUGCUGUACAUGCACACAGAGUUGGAUAGAGAGUGGGCAGUUAUCCUUUGCUAAAGCUAUAGGGUCUGUAGGUUUUUGUAAUGCACCAACAUUAAGGAAAAAAGACAGCUGGCUUUUCCAGAUGUGGUUAAUUUGCUACAUGUUAGAAUAGCAGUUAAUGUUUACCUGCAAAAGACUAGUGAGGCUGUUUUCUAUUCAAAUGAUAGCUUUCAUUACUCAGGUAAAUUACAGGAGAGCAGUAUAGCACAAUAUGGCACGACUGCCCAAUCUCAGUCCAUGUAAGUAUUGUGCAGUUGUAGGGCAUGAUUGCCCAUCUGAUGCACAUGUGUGUAAUCAUACAUACAGUACAUAGUCUUACAUGAAAUUAUUUUUUUAUAAAAUGGACUCAAAAAUAUUUACGUUCUUCUGGGUGGUUGUAUUGGAUUAUACAGUAUAUUACUUUUACCUCCGUUCACCUUGGACGCUUUUUGCUCGGUAUUGAAAUAUUUGUUAAAAAACAAAGCUUGCGGUCCCACCUCAUCCCAAGUGCCCCUCUAUUUGUGUACUGAGUGCCUCACGCAGUGCUUUCCGUAAUAGCUGGAUAAUGUAAAAAAACAAGACAAUAAGCCCCUUUUCCGUGUACAUAGUAUAUUGUAUGUGUUUCUGUACACCAAUAUCACGAAUAAGCUGUUUUGUUUCUAUACCUGUUUUUAUUUUUGUGAAGUAAAUGCUAUUUUAUCACUAA